CAGGGAGUCAGGGCGAGUCUUAGCUGCAGACGUUGUCGAGGGUCGAACCAGGAUGCGCAUCAAUAGAAGAAACCAUCGCCUUGCUCUCCACGGUUUAUUAUUGACGAACGUGUGACAGCUCGGAUCAACACACAAGGGAAACCAACGUGCAUAUAUUUGAAGGAAUCGACUUGACAAGACCAUUGGAUUUGUGUCCUGCUCCACGGCCUCUCUAACACAAAAUCAAUCUCCGUCCCCGACGUGAAGCCACCAUGUCCGGAAGGGACCGCAGCCCCCGCCAUCGGCCAUGGUCAGUUUACCGGGCCAACACAUUUGAUCUCUCUGCUGAGAUGAUGGGACUGGUGCUCUCAGGCAAAAGUCAGGAUCCAGACGAGCCUGUGCUGGAGUUCAGUGUGGCCUGCAGUGAACUGGUUACUCCGUCUCUGGAUCGUAAGCCAACCAGCUUUGUCGCCGUCAGCUGCACCACACCGCCCCAGGCCUUCUGGACCAAGCACGCUCAAACUGAAAUCAUUGAGGGCACCAGUAACCCCAUCUUCCUGAGCAGUAUCGCGUUCUUUCAGGACUCUCUGAUCACUCAGCAGACUCAGGUCAAGCUCUCGGUCUAUGAUGUGAAGGAUCGCACUCAGGGCACGAUGUACAUGCUUGGUUCGUCCAUGUUUUCUGUGAAGGAGCUGCUGCAGGACCAACACCACAGACUGCACCUGACUCUCAAGUCAGCGGAGAACGAGCGCGUGGGCAACAUCACCGUCAUCGCCUGGCAGAUCGAUGAGAAGCGCGAGCAGAGAGCUCCUGUCGCGAGGUUACAGAGAGGAGACACUGUCAAUGGAAGA